AUAUACAGUAUAAUAUAUACACACAGUAUAUAUCAUUAAGUAUACAGUACAUUUAUGUAUGUAGAUUAAACGUUUAUAUCUGUAAUGGGUGUACUGUACAUAUAUUUAAUCUGCCCACUAAUCAUCGUUGAAACUGCACACUUGCAAUGCAGUUUUAGCCAGUUUGUUUACUAGUAGUCCGUUGAGUAACGAGGCACGUGAUUGGUGUAAAAACGCAUGUGUUGUUGCCAAAAGGAGACAUCGCAACUGCCCUCGCUCCCCUCGUUACCCUGCCCCGUAAAGCUUCUAAACCAAUCCUUGGAGCCGAUUUUGACACAGCUGCGUUGUUUUUCCAGACUGACCUCGAACCCAACGAAUCGUAUGUCAGGUGGGCGUGUUCAAUGGUGGCGGUCGGUUGCGCUGCACGGCGCUGAUCAACUUUUACUACCCGAGACUGAGCUGUUUUUUUUUAAGUCGCUAGUUAGCUUGCCCCCAACAACAACACUAAAGCUGUCUUAAAAGUGUUUCAAUACAGCUGACUUGUAUAGCCCAUAUUUGUAUUCCAGACUUUGGGGUGGAGGGGGGGGUCCGCAUUUGCUAUAGUGUAGCAGUACAUUCCUGAAGUGACGCAGAGAGUACGUGUUCGUAAUCUGCUGCUGUGCGAGCUAGCAAGAGGGCGGAAAGCUAGCCAGCAGGCUAGCUGGCUAUGUGGCUAGGCUAACUGUCCAGGCUAGCAGCUUGGGAUCUACUCUCCACCUGACGCUACUUUCGUUGACCAGAAAAGACUCCCAGCAUGCUGAUGGUGGGAGGCGAUGGACGGCUGCACUAGAAUGAGUGUGAAGGAGCUGUGUGACACAGAUGACCUGGCCACCAGCCUGGUGCUUGACCCUCUUUUGGGCUUCAGCACCCACAAAAUGAACAUCAGCCCCCCUCCAGAGGUGCGGCGCUGGGGUAACCUGAAAGAGACCCUGCUGCGCUUCCAACGCACGCACGACUUCCAAGCCACAUUUGAGGCACUGACGGUGGGCGAGCUGGCCGGCGACUACUUCAGCGCUUUGGGGGGCCACCGUCAGGAGCUGCUGAGGCAACAUGUGUACCGCUACCUGGGUGCCUUCCUGCUGGACAGUGGUGUCAAGAUUGAGUCAUGUGACAGAUAUUCCUCAGAGACCAACGGAGCCAAGAUCACCUCCACCAGACACUGGUUUGUUGGCGAGAGGGUGGAGGUCCUCCUGGGCUGCAUUGCCGAGCUGAGCCCGGCCGACAGCGCCGUGCUGAGGACGGGGAUUAAUGACUUCAGCGUGAUGUACUCCACGCGCAAGCGCUGCGCUCAGCUGUGGCUCGGCCCCGCCGCCUUCAUCAACCACGACUGCAAGCCAAACUGCAAGUUUGUCCCUGGUGAGAAGAAUGGCGCUUGCGUGGAGGUGAUUCGACCCAUCUCUCCCGGGGAGGAGAUCACGUGCUACUACGGCGCCAGCUUUUUUGGGGAGGGCAACGAAAUGUGUGAAUGCUGCACCUGCGAGAGGAAAGGGGAGGGUCACUUCAAACACAAAGGGAAGCAGCCGGAAUGUGAGGAAACAAAGGACCCCGUGGACCAAAAGUACCGCCUCCGGGAGCGAUACCUCCGCCAUCACCGAGAGAAGGGCCACCUAACCUCCAGGCCCAUUAUUCCAGGAUUACACUCAGCUAUCCCCUCAAGGAAUUCAUUUACCCACCAGAUGAGGAAAAAUGCCCUGAAGAACAGAAAAUUGACUCAAACCAAGAAGUGGAGGCGACAGAAGCACAUGCGAUCCUCUAAACUUGUCUGCACCAGGAAACAGCGGCGGACGCUUCCUCUCCUCUCACAGUGUGUCAUAAGGGACCUGAGGAUCAGAGUUCGCCGCCACUCGCUGGACUUUUUGCUCAUCUGUAAGGAUCCAAAAAGCAAAGAGAGAGCCCUUUUGCAGCAGCUGGAGGUCGUGAAGCCAAAGCCAAGCCCAAACGGCAGCCCAGUCAACUUAAAGUGCUUCACUCUCGGGCCGUCCAAGUCGCUUCAGAAGAAGAAAGGAAAGUCUGUCCCCUUGAGGAGCUCGUCCAGAACCAGGAGCACGGAUCAGACCACCCUCGGGCAUCAAACAGCACCCAGUAACACUGCUAGCCACCCUGUCAACUCAGACAAAACCUCCAGUACAACAAGGCAGGACGGGAUGGAACAUGCAGACUCUGAAAUUAAGACUAGGAGUGAGCCUUGCAUCUCCAGUGCCAACAUCAGUCACAGUGUCUCAGACGGUAGUAAGACAGCUGCAGACAAUCCAUUAGUAUCACCCAAGCAAUACCUUACUGUCCGCCUCACAAGGAUAUCAGUGCCUCGCAGUGAAGAGGCUGGAAAGCGCUCCCAAGGCAAGGAUGUGAGAGAAGAGCUCAGAGGAAGGAUGAGACAGUUCCAGGGCCUCAGACCGCUGCCAGAGUUCAAAGCUCAGCCAAAGCAAAGCCCAGCGCCAGGCACCUGCACUGCCGAAGGUAAUCGGGGAGUGCGGGAGAUGUUUUUCAAGGCGGUUGAUAAAGUCAACGUACGCAAGCGACACAGCAGCCAGAUGUCGGAGUCUUCUUCUCUGUGCAAAGAAAGCGUGAAAAACAAGGUCAUUGAAAUCCAGACAGUGUCAGAAGAAAUAUGCAAACAGCAGCAGCAGGACGAAAGAGGUGAAGAACACAAAGAGACAAGAAAGCCCGUCAGUGCUGCUAAACAAGACAGCAAACCUUCAUGUAAAAUAGUGUCCAAUGAAAAAAGUUCAAGACAAAACAACUCAAAGGGUGUUGAAGUUGUGAAAGUACAUGAGACUCCUGUUUCACAGCCGUCAGCGUGUACACCGAGCCAACAAGCAGGAAACAAACCUGACAAAGAUAUCGUCAUAAAGCAGGCUAAAGUCCUCCUGUCUGAUAUUUUAAAGAAAGAGAAACCCGGGCAAUUACAGCGCUAUGGUUCUACCUCGCCUCCCAGACAAAUACAAAACCAUACAUACAGACGAGGCGUUGGGAGGCGACGGAGAAAGGAGAGAUGGUUGAAAACAAAUGUAGAAGAAAAGAUUGGGGCAAACUCCAGCAGUGCAGAUGCUGUGUUAGUCGACUUGAGCCAAGCUAGCACCCGAGGUCCACCAGCAAACCAGCACCUGGACGCCACCCACCUCAAGCCACUACCUCCUGAGUCGCACAUUUCAAGCAACAGUCGAAGCAGUCAGCACCCUCAUGCCAACCCUCAGGCGCACACGCAGUCCAACAUACCUCUCAAGAAACGGACAUUCCGCAGCUCUGUGGAGCUGGAAGAAAGUGUGGCUUCAGCUCCAUAUGGAGACCAAAAAGUAGACCCUGUCUCACCCACCAACAAAAGGCAGGACCUCAGACAGGGUUUAGAACACAAGAGGAUUACUCAACGAGGCAGAAAAUGCAGGCUGCGCACAAAAAUGCAGAGGCUGAAGUCUCGAAGGGUCACAAGACAAAACCACUUCACCAGAGUGCUUCGGCCGAGAAGUACUGAAGUCCAGCAAAGGAAAGUUCACAAAUUAAAGUCAGAGGUGCGGUAUGAGGAUGACAGCACUCCCUCCCAAGAGAUGGUUCAACUUGACGCAAACAGUCAAACCGAGGAAGCUAAUAAACCGGAGCGAGGCUCUCUAGCAGAGGCCAAGAUGGAAACCCUUGAACAAAGCGAUUUGGAGGAGAAAAAACCGGCCCUUAAUUUCAGGAUUCGUUUCAAGCGGAGGAGGGGCAAAGUCUGGGAAAUGCAGAGUGAUGGACUGGGAAACAUAGCAUUGAAAAUUGAAGAGAAAGAGGACUUGGACAACGAUCCACUCAAAGCCAUGAUGGAUUCCGUCUCAGUCUUAAGCAUGGAGAUGCAGGCAGCUCAGGCUCAUGUGCAGGCCAGCAAGAAGUCAAAGAACCGACUGCUACGCUUGAAAAAAAGGGGCGAGAGAAGAUGUGAGAGGAAGAACGUGCCCACUGCCGCAAAUUCAGAGCAGGGCUGUGAGGAUGAACUCCGAGACGGUAAAGAGAAACCCGAUGUGGAGAUCCUCUCAGCAGCCAAUCUACUGCCAGAGAAAUUGCAGAGUGAGAUGUCGCCCUCAGUUGCGCAGGGAACUAAAAUUGAAGAUCGAUUCACAAGAAAUUGCUGCCUCUUUGAAAAUGGGUCACAGCAGAAACCGGAGACUAGUUUAGAUAUGAAUGGUCUUUCUUUGCCAGUUCUUAAGCUUCGCAGAAAGGUUGAGGGUAUCUGGGAGGUGGACGACAUGGACGAGGAGACAAACCAGCCUGAAGUUAAAAUAGAGGCCAAAGUUAAGAGAGAGCUCAGAGGUCAUUCUUUGGCCAAGCAAAACAAAGGAUUGCUUGACCUGAGCAAGUCGAGAGAGGAGUUCCCUUCUGCUCAAAGGAUCCCAAACUGUAACUCAUCGCUCCUAAAAACAGAUGCACCACAGUUGUCUUUGUCUCUGUCCCCGCUGUCCCUGUCCUCCCCGCUGAACGAGAAUGCCGACAUUGUAUCGCAUGAUGUCGGUGUCAUUCCUGAAAGAGCAGAAGUGAACAGCGGCGGAAGGAAGCAGCGGCACAAAAUGAAGUGUGGGACUGUAGAGACAUCAACAAGCUGCCUCAGUCAGUCCCUCCAGCAAAUUGACAACAGUCUCUCCAAGCUCUCAGAGGGUUUGUGUUCUUCUCAGAUUUUGGAGAAAACAGCUCCCUUUUCCAGCAUUCCCAAUCCCCUCACACAGCCCCCUUCCCAGUCUCCUCCAUUCCCUACAGCGGACAAUAUGCUUUCGGGCGAGCCCACCUUCCCGAACUGCUGCGAUGACCUCCUGGACUUCCAGUGUCUCAACUUUGAGGGCUGUUAUCAGCCACAGAGCAUCCUGCCGUCAUCGCCAUCCGAUUUGUGUUCACUGGAUCCACCCACAGACCCCUUCAGUACCCCCCUCUCACAUAGCCCCUCCGACACGUGGACCACAGAGACGCCCUACCUUGGCCCCGCCAGUCCAGGAGAUAACUUCAACGGUGAAGAUCUGCAGUUCUUCCCCAGUAUACUGUCAUCCAAAAACGAUACAGUUUCUCUGGACUGUGAAGCAAAGGACUUCUUCAAAGACAGAAACAUGCCCCAAACAAGCUUCAGUUUUUCCUCCCUUAACCAGGAGCUUGCGGCAAAAGACCGAGCUCCAAGUAAGAAUCCAGGAAUCAGGCUGUCCAAAGAGGACUUAAAAAGUAAUUUGUCAGUUGUUAGCAAGCCACGCCUGUUUGGCACAUCUGCUACUCCGUCUCACAAUCUUCUUCCUUCAGUUCAGCACAACCCCAACAUGAAACCGAGCAGCAGCCAAACAAGAGCCAUGUCUAACCUCAAAACACAGGGACCCUUCCACCGCAUGAGCAUUCCUAACAAGUCCCAGUCUUUCUCGACUUGCCAGCCUAACGCAGCAAAGGGUUUGUCCCAGAGUAGCCUGACCAGGUCCAUCCCAGCGUCUGCAGUGGCAAACAAAUUCCUAAAUCCGCAACGCUUAGCUGCAAAGAACCCUAACCCCCCUGACAAUCCAUUCACCUUCCACGAGAAACCCUCCACAGUCAUCCACAGGGUUGUCAAGUUUCAGGGAGGGAACCAGAGCCAGAACUUGUACAGUGCGCCUUCUAGAGACCACGUGGCUGCUGGCGGCCAUCCUGGUUUGUCUAAAACAUUCAGCGCAAAGUUGGGUGUGAGUGAAAUGAGUGAGCAGAGUCACCCGAAAGCCUCUUUUGGUCAGUCUGGCAACCCCAGCAGGCCUGGCGCUCAUAUCAACAAACUCGGUACUUCUUUGCAUCAGCCGUUCAGUCGAAGUAGAGUGUCCUCUGACAAACAUGAGGAGACCAAUGUGGCAUACAAGAACUUUUCCACGCUGCCACGACCUUUCUUCUUCCCCAGUAAAGAGGGGUACUCCUCCCCGCAGGACAAGAGUUCCACACACGAUAGAUCUACCACUUUGGGCUCGGACAAGAACCAGCCGUGUUAUACUCAGCAGGACCCUUUUGACUUCAGCUUUGGGUCGUCACUGUCUCCAAUGCCUCAUCACAGCAGUCCUCCAGUGGUCCACGGUACGCCUCCAGGCACGCCAGCACCAGCAAAUAAGAGUCACACAUCAGCUUCCUUUGCGUAUGGCUCCCAAGGCCCCCCUUACGUGCUCAACUUCAGUGGAGAUCACUCAUUGACCCUGGGCCUCAGGGACGGGUCUGAAGGCUAUCCGGGACUCGGCCCAACAAACUACACCUACCAUUGCUUGAUGGAACCUUCCGGAACACAAGGGCGGCUAGUACUGGAGCCCUGCGGGUCUCAGCCAUCCAACCCACCUUCCUUUUCCUUGGGUGGGUUUUCAGGACUCAAAAGUGGUCCGGAUGAACAUUUUAAGAGGGACGGGCAUCAUCAGAACCAACCUGGUGAUCACCAAGACAUGCCGCACUAUGGACCAACAUCUCACUCCAUGGGCUCCACUAAACCCAAGAGAGUGAGGUUAGUCGUGACAGACGGUACCGUCGACUUGGACCUCCAAUAUUCUGACUGAUUCUCACCUGCUGGACUCACUGGAGAUGUUUUUGUAAAGCUUUUUCUAAAUUAUAUUUUGAUGGAUUGGUGUUGAUUUUGAAGAAGAGACAAUUUGCAGAGAGAGAAAGUGUGGUUGAUAUUUGCGACCACACUUUGGUAGUUACGUGUCAAUGACACUUAAGCCUCACUGCGGUGAUCAGCUGACCACCACACCACACUGAUGUGGCGAUCAGAGACCUGCUGGCUUUUUUGUUUUUUUUUUAAAGGCAGCUUUGUGCCUCCGUCUUUCCUAAUCAAGACUUUUUCCAAACGGUCUAUCCUCGAUUUUAUAUCCACAAUAAUCUCUUUUCUCACUUUGUUUGUACGUGUGAGUGUGUUGUAGUAGCGAGCUAACGUGUACUGUUGAGUCCAAGCUUAGCACUCACAGCGGAUCCUCGGAACGAGAACAUGCACAGGAGCAUACUUUUUCAAGUGACACAUGGUUAGAAAAUACCCCCAUUGACGACAAAUGAACUUAAAAAAAACUUUAGCUACUUAUUUAUGUGAAUAUUGUCAGUCGUCUAGGUCUUUGUAUUCUCAGGGCUUUGAAUCGAUCGCAGCGGGACUGUUCAAUAGCAGGUGGUACAUGACCGCUGUUACAACUUACAAUACUAACUAGGGUGAUUCCACCCAAACCACUGUAUCUUAACAAAUAUCAUUUUGCACCACAAAAGAGUGAGACCUUGGAGAAUAAAUAGUGCUUCCUCGGUUAGCGUACGGCCUGGUUAGCGUGUUUUCAGUUUUUCCUCGGUUUGCAUACAUUCUCCCGUUAGCUUGCAAUAUGUCACAUGUCCUGUCAUGCUAUUAAUACACUGCCAUAGUCCAACUCUGUUCUGAACGUAUUUUUAUCACAAAACGUCUUUGUUAGUAGCCUGUCAGCUUGUUCAUACACGGAAACAGGAAUCAAAAGUCAGUUCCGAAGAUGUCAUCAGGGGUUGACUGUAGUUCUUUUUUUACUAACACAGUUACGCCACAAGUUUCCAAAAUGUUAACACAAAACAUUUUUUUUAUAGUUUUGCAUCCAUAAAACAAUUCUAAAUGUGUAUAAAUGAUGAGUGAAAGUGCUAAACAUUGUCAGGUUGCUCUUACCUUCAUUGAAGACGUAAUUGUCGCCAAAGACAGUCAGAUCAACACGGGCACCACCUUCCUGUUUUGCCAUGAGUUAUUUCUGCUGGACUUCAACAGUGUGUCUCACUUUCUUUAUCAAAAUUCUGCCACGUACAAUUUUCUUUGGCUCCAUUGUAGGUUGUUUUGCAGCCGUGCUAAAAAAAAAAGGAGCGAGUUGAGGUGAGAACCACUGUUGAAUUCAAGAAAUAAUUCAUGAUAAAACAGGAAGAUGGUGCCCGUGUUGAUCUCGCUGCCACAUUGUGUCUUUGGUGACAAUCACGUCUUCAAUGAGGGUAAAAGUAUCCUUUUAAUGUUUAUCACUUAGUCAUCAUUUAUAUGUAUUUUUUAUUUUAAGCAUUUUAAGUGUUUUCUGCAUGUAAAACUAUAAAAACGUGACUUGUGUUAACAUUUUAAACUUUCUGGAAUGGAUUAAUUGGUUUUAUAGGGAAAAUGGAUUAGGUUAGAGUAUGUUAGAGUCUGAGCUUUUGGAACAGAUUCAAGAUGUUAACAAAGGUUCCUCCCUUACUUGGAUCCUACACCAUCCCCUCAGAUUAAAACUUGAAGUCUGUGGACCUCAGGGCAGACGAGAGCUGUCCUAUCUAGUCUUUGAGCAUGAACUGAUGAAGCCUGCUCGAAUGAGAGGCGAAACGCGUUGUAAGACAACCUGAAUUGUUGCGAUGGAUUCAAUGCCCUGAGAACACUCUAGUGAAAUGUUGUUUGAAACGUGACAUGAACAGUAUGUGUUGGGUUUUACAACCAACCCCAGGUCAGGAUUCAUUUUUUAGCUCUGUUUGGCAACAAAUCAGUUGCUUCCAGGAUGGGAUGGCGUUUUACUUCCGAGGCUCCGCUGUCAACUCGAGGCUUGUACGCUGUAAAAGUCCACGCCGGGUACGCAGUCUUGAUCUCCCGGCACGGAUGCAGGGAAGGUGCAAGGUGUUUGUACGAGUUGAAACGGUGACAAUCUUUUCUCCUUUUGUCAUAAUUCCGGUCAUCUUUUCUCCCCCGCCUGGGGCCAACCGUUUUUGUCGUACAGAAAGAAGCGGAGGACGAUGGCUCAAGCGUCACCCGUCAUCGGUGUUGAUAUGUCCGCCUUAUACGACAACCAUAAACUGUACUGUCACGCUUAUUUAUUGGAAUCUCCUCAUCCUUGUUGAAAUGGUGCUUUAACGUAAUUUAUACUUCACCUUCAUUGUGUGAAAGGAUGAAAUGUUUUUAAGCUUAUUUAAUGGGACAAAAAUAUUGACAUGAAUAUAUAUAUAUAUAUAUACUGUAUAUAUAUAUCUAUAUAUAUAUAUAGUAUAUACACCUAUUUAAUUUCUCAUCCACUUUUUCUGUUGUUUCCUUUUUUCCUACAAAGUGGCUGUUAGUCUUACUAAAGGUUUGCUGUAGAAAUGUAAAAUGUAGCUUGUAACAUUAAAGACUUACUCUUUUUAAAAAAAAGAAAAAAAUU